AAAAAAAAAAAAAAAAACCUCACCCUAUUCUCUCUCUCCCAACCCAACCCCCAUAUAUCCAGUAGUCUUCCCCAUCUCUCUCUCUUUUCCCACAUCAAAGCUCCUCCUUGUUUAGGGUUCCUUUUGGGCUUUGUAAAGGUUCAAUCUUUUUUGGUUUUCUCCCAAAAAUUUUAGUUUUUUAGUGAAACCCAAAAUCCCAAAGCUGUCUGCAGAUCUUAUCCCAUCUCUCUCUCCUGGUUGUAGUGAGAAAUACUCAGCAGAAUUGUGGUCUGUCUGAGAAGCUACUUUCGGUUAGAUUCAUAUACAGAUUUCCUGGAGGUUAGGAAAUUGGACAGGUUUUGAUUACAAGUGAAGAAAAGAGUUUGUUGAAACUUGAAAUAUGGGUUACAUAUGUGAUUUCUGUGGGGAUCAAAGGUCCAUGGUGUAUUGCCGGUCUGAUGCUGCUUGCUUAUGUUUAUCAUGUGACCGAAAUGUCCACUCUGCUAAUGCCUUGUCGAGGCGUCACUCGAGAACGCUUCUUUGCGAAAGAUGCAAUUCACAACCAGCAUUAGUAAGAUGUGCAGAAGAGAGAGUGUCUCUUUGUCAGAAUUGUGAUUGGAUGGGUCAUGGUGCAUCUACUUCAGCUGCAUCACACAAGAGGCAAACACUCAAUUGUUACUCUGGCUGCCCAUCAGCUUCUGAACUGUCGUCUAUCUGGUCAUUCGUUCUAGAGUUACCUUCCGCAGCCGCGGGUGAAUCUGCUUGUGAGCAGGAAAUGGGGUUGAUGAGCAUUGCCGAGAACAGCACUGGAAGUGCUUGGAGCCCCCCAGAAAAUAACACCAGAGAGAAUGCAUCUGAUAAAUUUGAAGUCAGUGACGUGGGUGCCAUGGAUAAGUCUGAUGGUUUAGUUGGUUCCUCUUCGGUGCCUGCACUUAACUCAGCUCCUCAGGUUGUUGGUCAGAUGCCUGGAUCUGCAAAUUCUACAUUGCCCAAGUUAUAUUGUCACGGAACCAAAAGCCCAGGGCUCUGUGAAGAUGAUGACCUUUAUGACGAUUUUGAUAUGGAUGAAAUGGAUCUGAAUCUUGAAAAUUAUGACGAACUAUUUGGUGUAUCUCUCAAUCACUCUGAAGAGCUUUUCAAUAAUGGUGGGAUUGAUAGUUUGUUUGGGGCAAAGAACAUGUCCAGGGCUCAGGAAUUAAUUGCUGCUGAGGGGUCAUCAAUUGGACGGGUAAAUGCAUUGCAGCAGCCAGCAUGCAGUACUGCAGCAUCUGCGGAUUCUUUAAUGAGUACAAAAACUGAACCAAUUGUUUCUUUUGUGCCAAAGCAAGCACAGUCAAACCUUUCAUUUUCGGGUGUCACCGGCGAGAGUAGUGCUGGAGAUUGUCAAGAUUGUGGGGCUUCCUCAAUGCUACUCAUGGGAGAGCCUCCAUGGUGUCCUCCAGGCCCUGAGAGUUCCUUCCAGUCUGCUAAUCGAAGUAAUGCUGUUAUGCGUUACAAGGAAAAGAAGAAGGCACGCAAGUUUGAGAAAAGAGUGAGGUAUGCUUCUCGCAAAGCAAGGGCAGAUGUAAGAAAGCGUGUGAAAGGGCGGUUUAUUAAAGCUGGCGAAGCUUAUGAUUAUGACCCUUUGAAUGCGGCCAGAACCAGAAGCUACUGAUGCCUAGCUGUAUGAUUGUAUCAUAGGAGCCUCGGCUCUCAUUGGGAAAGAAAGGUCGAUGCAAAAAAAACAGGUUCUGAUGCUUCACUAAUAAAGUGGAGGAGCAGAUUUCUGAUUCUACAUCACCACCAUAAACGAUUGACAGAUCAUGACAUUGUAUAGAUUGCCCAUGCCUUAAAGCUAUGAGAUUCCAUUUCCUUUUAUAUUUAUCAGGGGCAAAGUUCAUCUGCCUAAUCAUUCUCCAGGGAGGAUCCAUUUUGGUCUUCCAGCCAUAUUUUAUGCUUCAUGUUGAUAAUACCAGUUGUUAUAUUUUUUUGUCCUCCUGCUCUGAUGACUAUUAUUAAGUGGCUGCCGUGCCAUUUUGGGUUGCCGAACUUGUAGUUGGCUGGUGGGUAGAAAAGCCAGCAAUAUUGUAAUCUUUCUUUUUUGUUCAUUUGACAUGCACAGGAUCUGUAUGUAUGAGGUUGAGUGUUAUGAGAUCUGGCCUGAAACAAUUACAGGGUCAAACAAUAAACCUGGAGUUGUAAAUUUGUCGUCUCUUUUCAUUUCACAGAAAGACAAUUACCUUUGUUUCUAUGGAAAUGGAGAAACAAAUUGGUUUUUGAUCCUGA